ACCUGGAAAUAUAGUCACAUGACUUUCGUAUGUUUUGUGGCAUUCAUAGUCAUUUGCAAAGUGACCGUCAAUUGAUAAACUUGAUUAUUUUUAUCGUCUGUCUUUCUUCAGAAUAACCAUGAAGCUAACGAUAGUGACCAUCGUUUGUGUUGGGCUGAUAAAUAUCAUUUCAGAGGCCUAUGGAUGUACGUGUCUUCCUGGAACAGAUCAAGAAAGGUUCUGUACCGCUACAUUUGCUUCACGAGGAAGAGUUACAGGAACUAGGGAUCUCAAAGGAGGUCAAAUUGAAUACACAGUGGAAGUGAAUUAUAAUUUUAAGAUCAAGGUUCCAAAUACACUUAAAGUUCGUGCUUACAGAAGUGCAGCUGCGUGUGGAGUCAAUUUAGAUAAAGGAGUUGAAUAUUUGAUUUCAGGAACUGUUACUAAGAACAGAUAUGGAGUAACAUACCGAACAAAUAGUUGCCUGUGGAAUCAGAGAUGGCAGAAUAUUAAGUCUGAUACACGACGAAAGCUAUUAAGUGGACAAUUUAAUAAUUGUUAGUCAUAAAGACGUUAUAAGUGGUUUCUGUCUAAUGCUAUAAUAACAUAUAACACAAAGUCAGGCCAAAUA